AUGUCGAAACUGUCACUUGAUGAGCACCGUGGUCUCUCAGAAUGGUCAAAGGCACAGUCGAAAUCUAAGAAGGUGGAAGAAUGGACGAACUUCCCAUUAGCUACAGACGAUCAGCGAAGGAACUGGUGGUUGAAGAGGCGGGAAGCAAUUGGUAGAGCCGAUUUAAGUGAUAUUGUGCAAGCCAAUAGCCCAGGUACGUUGGGUAUCUUGCCGGAUGCAUCGCCUUUGUCCACUGCUUUCGACGAGAUACACUCAGGCAUCGGCAUCAGUCCGCCCAUGCUACCGAACCAGGCAGUAACGGGAACAAACCCCGGUAUAAAACAUGCAUGGAACCCAGGAACAAACAGAAGACCUGAUUACUAUGCUGAAAAUCUAUUGCAGGGUUCCAUGACACCAGGACCGCUGAUAGCGGAUGAGGAAUCACAGCAUCCUGCAAUAGCUGGCCCGAUUAGUCACACGUCGCCAGAGGGACGAUCUUCGACGUCCGACCGAUGGAGGAAGUACUUCUAG